UUCCGUCUCUUUUCCCAAGUCUCCAUCGUUCACGUCCAAGAGUCGUGUUUUGUUUGGACCCUCUAGGUUCCAGCAUUUUUUUAUAUUCAUACACAUCGAACCCAACUUUCCACCCUCCCCUUUUCACCUUUCCCACCGUCAGUCUGUUGUUCUCCCGUCAGCGCUCAGGGCGUCACCUGCUGUUGACAGAGAGUCCGACCUCUUCGGCAGACCUGCCAAUCGUUGACUGGCUGCACCACUUCCCCAUCUAAUCAGAAGCUUCCGUUGGAUUUGGUCACGAUCAGGACCGUCCAUCAUGAGUCCAGCACAAGACUCUGAGUCUAUAAAGGCCCACCCGAGGCGCCGGCCCUUCAGGGCAGCCCGGCCCUCGCUUGUCCCAGCUGAAGAGCAAUCACCGUCACUACCUCCACUUCGUCUACGCAAAGGUGAAACAUUUAAUCCAUCUAUUCUUCGCUCUUCCGACCGUGACCACCUUGUACCGUCGCUGCCACGCCGAUCUCCCACAUGCCCUGGCGCUCUGGAAGCUAUCGCCGCUGGACAACAGCGUAUGGCCGACAUCUUGGAGCGCCUUGACUUGAACUCGGGUACCACGUCCACCUCCGAUGAAAACGACGACCUCCCCGUCCCUAAGGGUUUACUUCGGCUUCAUUUACAAACUCAAGCACGGAGAGAGGGCACCGUUGAACCGCAUUCGCGCCAACCUAGCCCGAUGCCCAAGGAACAUUCUCGGAAGGCUCAGAGAGUCCAUUGUCAUGCUUCUGAUAGUGGAAUUGGCUCCUCUAUCAGCAGUGCUCAAUCCGUGUCGUCUAACAAAGUGAAAGCGGGACAAUUGUCUCGUAGCAACCUCCCAACCUCCCGUUCCCAGUCCGCCAUUACCCGCUCCAUCAGUGCCAUGGAUGCCCAAAGCACUCAGCGACACAAACUCAGCUCUGAGGGUCGAGCCGAGAUCGAAAAGCACGUCAUCGGCCCUCUUCUAGAGGAUGAGAAAUCGAAGCCGUUCCACCCUAUUCUUGAAGAUGUCCGUCAGCAAAUUGACGAUGAACGUAUCUCCUGCCUGCGUGACCUUGAAAAAACAGUAUUCUCGCUCGCUCCGGAGGUGAAGACAAAUGAUGCUGCCUAUGUUCGAUUCUGCCAGUAUACCAUCCUGUGCCUCGGCCAGACGGUCUCAUUCCUCAAUGGCCGGGACCUGUGCCUGCCGACUGAUAAGCAGUACAACAACGGUUACUUCGUGGACCUCUUAGACCAGGUUUCUCAAUUCAAGAGAAUCCGUGACGAAUGGAAGAGAAGGCACGAGGCUGACGGCAAGGUCAAGGCUCCGCAACUUAGACUCGAGGGUGGACUCUCCCAAACCGGACGCCUUCUUGAAAUGGUCGUUGAGCAGGACGGCGAGGCUAUUUCCCUGCGUACAGGCAAACCUUAUGAAGGUCAGCCUAUUCCUUCGAUGAAGCGAUCUCUCAGCGCGGCUUCUACCGACGAAGGAGUUCAGCGUUCCAUGGCCCGUCGCAAGAAGAAUGCGCCUCCUAUGAACAUCAACAAGAAGUGCAAGGACUGUGACAAGGUCUUUGCUCGGCCAUGCGACCUGACAAAGCACGAAAAAUCUCACAGUCGUCCCUUCAAAUGCCCUGUUACUUCCUGCAAGUACCAUAUCAAGGGCUGGGCCACUGAGAAAGAAUCAGAGCGUCACUACAAUGACAAGCACUCUGAUGCACCGCGCCUCUUUGCUUGUCAAUUUGAGUCCUGCUCCUACAAGUCUAAGAGAGAAAGCAACUGCAAGCAACACAUGGAGAAGACUCAUGGUUGGGUGUACAUGCGAUCUAAGAACAACGGAAGAAGUAAGGCGUCUCCUCAGCAACAGACUACCUCGCCGUCCAGCAGCUCGGUUCAGCCCAAGCAGGCUCCCUCCGUCUGGAGCAUGACACCUCCUUCCGAAGCGCCUGACUACCGGCAGGAGCCGAAUGGCUGGGACCUUGCCCCCUCUCCGGAGACUCCGGAUUUGUUCAACACCUAUCAAGCUCCCAUGACUGCCAUGCCUGGCUCAGUGACCGGAACAUUGGAUGCCGUCACCCCAACUACAGGGACCAUCAACUCUCCGUCUGAACCGUUCGAUCUUGCGCAAGAGAAUACAGCCUUUUCUAUUCAGGAUAUAUUCCCGGAAAUGAAGGCUAGUGACGGUUUGUUGUUUCCUGGCGGAGACAUGGAUUACCCUGAUUUCAUCAACAACCACAACAUGUUCAAUGACUUUGGCUACGGUGAUUUCACCAUGCCGACACAAGGGUUGCAAUAUGGAGAGACACAGCAACCUCAAUUUGAAGAUGACUCGGCUGGCUUCCUCCUCGAUGUCUACAACGACAUGCACACGUACGGGAUUAACCCCGGCCCUGGUGGUCUCUAAUCUCGUCACAUUUGGUGGUUGAGACAGACCCCGGUGGUUGACCAUCUUGAUCAAUGUGUUACGACCCUACCUAUUUGCAGGCAAAUGUUUAUUGGCUCCUUUCGCGAAAAUAGUUGGCUACAUUGCGCUGUAAUAUACUGCACCACUCUGGAUAGGGCAGAUAAGAUAAUUCAUCGUUUUCGCUAU